AUCAGUUUGUACGAGAUAUACAAGAGUUGGAAGAUUUACUGUUGACGAAAAAGGGAUUUCUCGGGAUCUGAUGGUCACCCUGCUUUAACAAAAUAAAAUCUGUGAAGGUUCUUUUAACCCGCCAAAUUUAUCACGUUAGCAUUUCGACAAAUUGCGAUUAAGGCGACGGCAUCACUCGGGGGAAUUUUACCUAUGCAACAUGAAAAAAAUGCAUUCAUUUUGAAUCGCGAUUAAGGCUGAAUAGGUUAUUCAAAAUCAAAAGGAUACAGCUCAAAACAAUUUUAAACGGAAAAAUGGGGAACGGAAUGAGAUAUCACAUCAAGUUCCUGUUUAUUGCCUUCGUUAUUUCAACGAUAUCCGGGCAAGAUGUGAGGAAUGAUGGCUGCAAUCCGGACAUGGUCUUCACGGAUACAGGAAGUCCAGCUUGUGAUGCAAAUGAUGGUACCUUGGAACUCUUGCAAGUUGUAUUUCGACAUGGAGACCGCACUCCGAUUCAAUUUUACCCCACUGACCCUUGGAGACACGGGUAUAAUUGGCCUCGCGGACUCGGUCAACUCACACCGGACGGUAAACGGAGGUUGGUUUGCCUUGGGAAUUGGGUUCAGACCUCAUACGAACGUUUCCUGUGUGGCGGGUAUAAUUCAACACUGUAUCCGGUGCGCAGCACAAACACAGACAGAACCAUGCAAAGUGCAGAAUUGUUCAUGAUGGGAACAUUUCCUCCAUUGGGAGGCAUUUCGGAGGACAUGAUGGACCGGGUUCCACUGAACCUGUAUGACAUUAAACGAGUUCCUUGUGACAAGGAUACGCUUUUGCGACGUGAUACAUUUUGCCCGGCGGCGAGAACAGAAGAGUUUCGAGUGAGGAAAAACAACAGGCGGCUAAAAAUGUUGGCUGCUGAAAACGCUGAUGCACAUAAAUGCAUUUUGGCCAAUUCUGGACUACCGCCAUCUAUGGACUUAUUUCAAAUGUCCACUCUACUUUAUGAUCUGCUCACGGUUGAGCGUCAACACAACAUGUGUCUUCCUGAGUGGACUCGAAGCAUAUACCCGAAACCUGUUCAGCACUUGGCCGGCAUCGACAUGUUCAUGACGACCUAUUCCCCUCUUUUGACUCGGCUUCGCGUUGGUAAACCCGAUCAGCAAUUUCUUGAAACCAACGUCCAAGAAAUUGUGAUUGCUCAAUUUGAAUUGAAUCUCUUCAAGAAAAGGUGUGCUGGCCACGAUUCGACUGUUAGUGGGCUUUUGGGUGCCUUUGGGUAUUCCAGAUCGCACUUUCCUGAACCCGCCGCAGGGGUUUUCAUUGAGUUGAGGAAGAAAUGGGACGGCACGAAAACCCCGUAUUAUGUCAAGGUCUACUACAAACGUGGUUCUCUCGUGGAAACCCUCAAAAUACCUGGAUGCAAAUGCAUGUGCAAGCUGACAGAUGCGAAUGCCCUUCUCAAACCUAUACAGCUCACCGAAAAAAUGCUGAAAUCUGAAUGCGAGGAGUGUGGAGAUGACGCGGAAUGCUUGAAGGCGAAAGAAUCCCAAAAAUAGCAUAAGUCAACGUUCAAAGCCUGCUGAUUUGAUGCCAAUGCAAAUCUCACUGACAAUGUGUUGUUCUUCAGUUACCGUAUUUUUUAUUGUUUGAAAGACGGAAGUAAAAUUUUUCGACGUAA